UCUCUCUCUCUCUCUCUCUCUCUACUGUCUCUAUCUCUGUCUCUAACUCUCUGAGUUUCUUACUUUCUCUUUUGAUCUCAUGCAUAGGAUAAUUUCAACAAAUAAACACAAGAAAUCUCUCUUUUCUCCUUUCAUAUUUUAAAGUACAAUAAAGGGCCUCCUAAAAAAUGCUUAGGAUAAAAACCGAUGAGAUGAAUUAUUUGACCUAUUAAAUGUGUAUAGUCCUUCAUUCACUCUCUUUUUUUUAAUCUUCAUCUUUUGUGCUUUCCUUACCAUUGCCCUUUUGAUCCAUAUUACACAUCAUGAAGAUAACAGCCACCGUCUUGCUGUUGGCAUAUACUGCGGGUACAGUGCUUGCUUUGAACCCAAUUGUUAUCAAAGGCACAAAAUUUUUCGACUCUGUCACCAAAGAUCAGUUCUUUAUCAAAGGUGUGGCCUAUCAGCCUCGAGGAAAUAUAAAAGAAGCAACAAUGGAUCCUCUAGCAGAUGCAGCUGCUUGUGCAAGAGAUGCGCCAUUAAUGGCUAGACUAGGGACCAACGUUGUUCGUGUCUACGAGGUCGAUCCCCGAAAGAACCACGACGCGUGUAUGAAAUCAUUUUCAAGUGCUGGCAUUUACUUGUUAUUGGAUAUAGCUACACCUCAGAACUCAAUCAACCGAAACCAACCAGAAUACGGUGUGCAACUUUAUAACGCCUACAAACUGACGGUAGAUGCCUUUUCUCGAUACGACAAUGUCAUUGGUUUUAUUGCAGGCAAUGAAGUGACAAACGACAAAACCAAUACGGUCGCGUCCGCUUACGUGAAAGCCGCCCUUCGUGAUAUCAAAGCCUACAUCAAAACUACAAAGUCCCGAGCCAUUCCAGUAGGUUAUGCAAGUAACGACGAUGAAUUUAUCCGUGAUGCUAUCAAGGAUUAUUUUGCUUGUGGUGACGAAGAGAGUCAAGCUGACUUUUAUGGUAUGAAUUUAUAUGAAUGGUGCGGUGAAUCCUCUUUUGAAAAAUCAGGCUUCAAGGAAAGAACACAAGAAUUUUCAACAUACAACAAACCUGUCUUUCUCUCGGAAUAUGGCUGUAACCUGGUGACGCCUCGCCCCUUUUCCGAAGUGGCCGCUAUUUACGGCCCUGACAUGACGAAUGUCUGGUCUGGCGGCGUCGUCUACGAAUGGACGCAAGAGAACAACCGAUAUGGUUUGGUAAAGAUAUCCGACAACGGGGCAGCCGAAGUGCUGACCGAUUACAAGUACCUGAAAGCCCAAAUCGAUCAAAUCAGGCCAGUCGGCGUCAAGAUGGACCAAUACAACGAGCAAAGACAAGCACCCGACUGUCCUGCCCAGACCGAGAACUGGAAAGCGUCUGUUCAAUUGCCACCCACGCCUUCCGAAGGUGCAUGCGAAUGCAUGGUGCAGAAUUUGAAUUGUGUGGCGUCUGACAAGAUUGCCAACACGGCUGCUGUGGGCAGCAGUGGUGUCGUGACCAGCAGUAGUGUUAACAGUACCCUGGGCGGCCAAUUAGAUACCAUGUGCGGUUUGGUGUCCUGCCAAGACAUAGCAGGCGACGGCGAGAAGGGUGUCUAUGGCGCCUUUUCCUUCUGUUCACCAAGAGACAAACUUAGCUGGCUGUAUAACCUCAAGGCAAAAGAAUUGAUGAAGACACAGCCAAAGACAGCUUGUUACUACAACGGUUUUGGCCAAGAGAUUUAUCCCAAGCGCAAUGAUCUCGCCACUUGCGCUCAUGUGGCACCCAACUUGAGUGGUGUGUUGGAUAAUAAAGCAAAUCCCUCAGAUGCUCAUUCUGUCGCAUCCAGUGCCUACAACCCAUUCACCUCUGCACAUUAUGGAGACGCUUUCGUGGCUUCCAUUAUUUGUCUUCUUGCUGCCAUAUUUUUCAUGUAAUUAGAUCAUCUAUUUUA